GAAUUUAACAAAAAGAUGGAUGAAGAAAGGGUAGAGAAUGGAGUUAGCAGGGAGGAAGGAGAAGGGAAGAAGGAAGGGAAGGGGGAGGAGAGGUCGUUGGAGGAGAUAUUUGAGAGCCAGGAGGUACCGUCGUGGAGGGAUCAGUUGACGAUCAGGGCGUUUGUGGUGAGCUUUGUGUUGAGCAUAAUGUUCAGCUUCAUCGUGAUGAAGCUCAACUUGACGACGGGGAUUAUACCGUCGCUCAAUGUGUCGGCUGGCUUGUUGGGGUUCUUCUUCGUCAAGACGUGGACCAAGAUGCUCCAGAAAUCGGGGAUACUCAAACAGCCCUUCACCAGGCAGGAAAACACCGUUAUUCAGACCUGCGUCGUCGCCUCCUCCGGCAUCGCCUUCAGCGGUGGAUUCGGGAGUUACCUGUUUGGAAUGAGUGAACGCAUUGCCAAACAAUCUGAGGACAAUAGUGAUGGUUUUAAGAACCCCUCACUAGGAUGGAUUAUUGGCUUCCUCUUUAUUGUCAGCUUUUUAGGUCUUUUUUCCGUGCUGCCCCUGCGGAAGAUAAUGGUUAUAGACUUCAAGUUGACAUAUCCAAGUGGCACUGCAACAGCGCAUCUUAUCAACAGCUUCCACACUCCUCAAGGAGCCAAGCUUGCAAAGAAACAAGUAAAAGCAUUAGGCAAGUUCUUUUCUUUCAGCUUCUUCUGGGGUUUCUUUCAAUGGUUUUUCACUGCUGGAGAUGAUUGUGGAUUUGUCAACUUCCCUACAUUUGGGAUUAGAGCAUAUGAGAACAAGUUUUACUUUGAUUUCUCAGCAACGUAUGUUGGUGUAGGGAUGAUCUGUCCCUACAUAAUUAACAUAUCGGUGCUUCUUGGAGGAAUACUUUCAUGGGGUCUAAUGUGGCCUCUCAUUGAACAAAGAAAGGGUUAUUGGUAUCCUGCAGGUCUUCCUACAAGCAAUAUGCAUGGCCUCCAGGGUUACAAGGUAUUUAUUGCCAUUGCUAUGAUUCUAGGGGAUGGUCUAUACAACUUUUUCAAGGUGUUUAGCAGGACUCUCACAGGCUUGUUCCAUCAAGUCCGAGGUAAUCAAGCUCUCCCCAUUGCAAACCAGCCUAGAACUCCUGAUGCCUCGAAGAAGCUAUCGUAUGAUGACCAGCGCCGAACCGAAUUCUUUUUAAAAGAUCAGAUUCCGAUAUGGUUUUCGGUUGCAGGUUAUGUCACGAUCGCUGUCAUCUCUACCGUCCUUCUUCCGCACCUCUUUCGUGAUCUGAAAUGGUAUUACAUAUUGGUCAUCUACAUAUUUGCACCAACUCUGGCUUUCUGUAAUGCAUACGGAUGUGGACUGACAGACUGGUCCCUUGCCUCCACCUACGGAAAGCUAGCCAUCUUUACAAUUGGAGCUUGGGCAGGUUCACAUGGUGGAGUCCUUGCAGGCCUCGCAGCAUGUGGUGUGAUGAUGAACAUUGUUUCAACAGCCUCCGACCUGAUGCAGGAUUUUAAGACGGGCUACCUCACCCUGGCUUCUCCCUGGUCCAUGUUCAUUAGCCAAGUGAUUGGCACUUCCAUGGGCUGCAUAAUUUCACCCUGCGUCUUCUGGCUUUUCUACAAAGCAUUCGACGACUUCGGCAUCCCUGACAGUCAAUAUCCUGCUCCUUUCGCCAUCGUUUAUCGCAACAUGGCGAUAUUGGGGGUUCAGGGGUUCUCUGCCCUACCGAAAAACUGCCUAUCGCUUUGUUAUGGGUUCUUUGCUGCAGCCAUCUUGAUCAACUUCAUUAAGGACAUGAUGGGUAAGAAAUAUGGGGACUACAUACCACUUCCAAUGGCAAUGGCAAUACCUUUCUACAUUGGCCCGUACUUUGCCAUCGAUAUGUGUGUGGGAAGUUUGAUCUUAUUCGUGUGGGAAAAGGUAAACAAGGCGAAGGCAGACGCAUUCUCGCCGGCAGUUGCCUCGGGUCUCAUCUGCGGGGACGGUAUAUGGACGUUGCCAAGUUCAAUACUUGCUCUAGCAGGGGUAAAACCACCGAUUUGCAUGAAAUUUCUGUCAAGGGCUACAAAUGCAAAGGUUGAUACCUCCUUAGGAUCAUAAAUUAAGUUUGAAUAGAGGGUUAAAAUUGGUGUAGGUGUUUGGUUCUUUAGAAUCUCCAUCUGCCUUCGUCUAGUUUGUUCUGUCAAUAAGUUAUUUCAAUUUCUUGCUUCCUUUUAA